CAAGCUUUUUAGGGCUCCCGACUCCCGAAAACCACUCAGAGGGCCGUUUCCCCCAUGGUAUUUCCGGCGAGUCGGAGGUUCCGAGGCAGCAUGAGCCUGGCGCCAUGCAGGCCUCCACGUUACAAAGUGGACGAGAGCUGACGUAUGCCUCCAGACUACCGACCUAGCUAGCAGUCCGGGGUCUGGUUACGGCCCUGUUGCCAACCAACCCACCGAGCCAUCCACGCGCGGCCCGCAAGAGCUAGCCUGCUACGUAUGCAGAGUGGAGGUGCUAUCGUCGAUGGAUACGGCUUCCCUGGGGCCUAGCUGGGAAGGGACCGCCUGAUACGUCUAGGUGCACGCAAUAUGGCCACCCAGACGUUCUGCUCUGCCCGCGCCUGCCCUGGCACGCGUGCAGGGAGAUAUGACGGAGGCCUCUCCUCGAGUUGGCCCAGCGAAUCCCUCACUGGGUGGUCAGCCGGCUUUCGUGGUCCUGCGUUCUGACUAAACCUUGUUUGUCUGUUCUUCUCACCCGCAUGUGCUGGUGUUAAGGGGCUACCCAGGGCGGAAGCUGGUCUAGCGGGGGCCACCGAGAGGAUAAAAGGCCGCGACAGCCCGACUCCAUUCCUGUCCUCUUCUCUCCUCUCACGCACUCAUCUUUACCCAUAGCCGGAGAACCUCGACACAGAGCUACCAGCGAACCCAGCUUAAGAAUCCAGCUCACUCUUGACCUCCCACUUAUACUUGAAAGUACAUCAGCAAACCCACAAAAUGCCUACCGUCAACGCUCCCCAGCAGCAGCAGCCCAUGGAUGCUGCCCCGCAGGACGCUACCGUUAUGCAGCAGCCCACCGCUGAGCCGGAUAUGUCGACCGAUGCGAGCCUGAGAGGAGGUUUCAUGGAGGAAUGCUCGUGCUGCUGUUUCAGCGAGGAAUGCGCCUGCUGUUAAGGAGCAAAGGGCGGGGCUUUGUGGGCGAUGCCCUUUGGGAGGAUUAGAGGGCCAUGGAGAGAUCACUUGUCGUCCAUGCCAAGUAAUCUGGGCGAGCAACUGUAUAGCAUUAUCUAAUGUAGCAAGCAAUACCUACUGAAUUUUGGCGG